UUAUGUUAUGGUUAGUUAUUUUAUAUUGUAUUAUUUAUGUUGAAUAACUGUUAGUUAGUCAAUACUUAACUCCAGAGGUUUAGGAGAGUUUCUAGCUUACCUUUGUAUAGGACUCUGUAAUUGGUUGAACAGAUUGAAUCAAUGUGUAGACUGUAGAGCAAUCCAUCCAUCAUAUUAAUGUUUCACAUCUACAAAGCACAUGCAAUCCCACUUCAGCUUGGGCCCACCGCCAGUUUAUUUGUCUACCGUAUCCGCGACUUAAUUGACGCUGGCUACAGCCAUUAGAGGGUUUUCGCUAUAAGUUUAAAAAAACCGCGAUAAGAAACUCAGAAGUGCACUAAGUUUUUAGCAAAAUUGAAAAAAAAAAUGGCUCAUUUAGUAGUAGCAAGGCUUCUUGCUAUAUUUUCUUUACUUUCCUUCCUUCAACAGCUUUCUUCUAAUGUAAUUCCUGCUUCCAGUAAUGAAGAAGCCAAUGGUCUCCUGAAAUGGAAAUCCACUUUUUUCCACGCAAACAACACGUUGGAUUCUUCAUGGACGAUUUCAGAAAAUGGUGGCAGCCCAUGCAACUGGUAUAGAGUUCACUGCGUUGCGGGAAGUGUCAACAGGCUGAACCUUACUACUUCCAACAUCAAUGGUACACUCCAAAGCUUUCCAUUUCAUUCACUUCCAAAUCUUGAAUAUUUUGAAAUUAGUUUGAAUGCAUUUUGGGGAAGCAUACCACCUGCGAUUGGCAAUCUUACCAAGCUCGUCUAUCUUGACAUGUCAAUCAAUUAUUUUACUGGCACAAUCCCACCUCAAAUUGGCCUUUUAAUCCGUCUCCAGACCCUCCAUAUGUUUGGAAACAACUUGCAUGGUCCAAUCCCUGAUGAAAUUGGCAACUUGACAUCUCUCAAUGAGCUUGCUUUGCUUGGUAAUUCUCUUAAUGGUUCUAUUCCUGCUUCUAUAGGCAAUUUGAAACACUUGAGUUCUUUGCAACUUUAUAUGAACUCUCUUUCUGGCCACAUCCCACCCGAGCUGGGAAAACUCUCCAAUCUCACUGUGCUUUACAUAGACACAAACCAACUAACCGGCUCAAUUCCCCCCGAGCUAGGAAACCUCUCAAAAUUGCAACAACUAUACAUUUUCUCUAACAAUUUGAGUGGUCAUAUUCCCCGUGAACUAGGAAAGCUAAAGUCACUCUCCUAUCUCAGUUUAUGGUCGAAUAAUCUUAGUGGUCAAAUCCCUGCUUCACUAGGUGGCCUAGAGAAUUUGUUACUUCUUCACCUCUAUGGUAACCAACUUAGUGGUUCAAUACCUGAAGAGUUAGGGAACCUAAAGAGCAUCACUGAUCUGCAACUGAGUCAGAAUAUGUUUAGUGGUUCAAUCCCAACUUCCAUAGGGCGUUUGAGGAACUUAGAAAUCUUGUUUCUUCGUGCCAACAAUCUUUCUGGUUCCAUUCCUCGUGAACUUGGCAAACUGGAAAACUUGACCGUACUGGAAAUGGAUGAAAACCAAUUCUCAGGUCAUUUGCCAGACGGUAUUUGUAAAGGGUUGGCACUUCAAAAUUUCACGGUGAACAACAAUAACCUCUCGGGGCCAAUUCCACCCAGCUUAAGAGACUGCAGAAGCUUAAAGCGUGUCCGGUUUGAUGGCAAUAUGUUCACCGGAAACCUCUCUGAAUCUUUUGGCAUAUACCCUGAUUUGCAGUUUAUGUGGCUCAGUCAAAACAAGUUCCACGGUGAAAUCUCCAAAAACUGGGGAAUCUCCAAAAACUUGACAAACCUGCAAAUGGCUGAAAACAAUCUCACAGGUAGAAUCCCUCCUGAGUUUCGAAAUUUGACUCAACUAGGAAUACUCAAGCUCUCUUCAAAUAACUUGGGUGGGGGGAUCCCUGCAGAACUUGGGAGUCUAUCAUCUCUGCUUUACUUAUACUUGGGGGACAACAAUUUUUCCGGUCAAUUGCCCAUAGAGUUAGCCUCUCUUAAGCAAUUGAAUGUCCUUGAUUUGUCCAACAACCAAUUUAGUGGACCAAUACCCUCAUUCAUAGGAGACUAUCAGCAAAUGUAUGAAUUGGACUUGAGCCACAACAACUUCAGCCAGCAUUUACCAGUUGAGCUAAGUAAGCUAUCACAUCUUACAACGCUGGACCUGAGUAACAAUUCUCUCAGUGGAGAGAUCCCACAUUUGUUUAAUAGUCUUCGUGAUUUGGUGAAUGUUGAUUUAUCCUAUAAUCAGCUGACAGGCCCUAUUCCUGACACCAUGGGUUUCAAGCAAGCCAUUCUGAAGGGAAACACAGGUUUAUGUGGAGAUAAUAAAGACCUUCCAUCUUGCUCAUCAACACCCACAGAGAUGUCCUUUGUGGGGAAAAAGAGUGGCCACAAAACACAGAUUCUCAGCAUUGUAUUGCCUAUAGUGGGAGCCCUGGUACUAGUCUCUGUGUUCGCAGUGGUUCUUUUCACUUGUGGGAAAGGAGAUAGAGGUCCAGAUGAAGAGCAACAAUGCAAUUCGUUUAGAAGAGGCGAUGGUGACAACAAUGAUGAAGACAGUGAUCUCUUCUCCAUAUCCUCAUUCCAUGGAAAGGCAUUGUAUUUGGACAUCUUGAAAGCCACCAAGGAGUUCCAUGAGAUGUACCGCAUUGGGGAAGGAGGGUUCGGGACUGUUUACAAGGCGAAGAUCCCAUCAGCCGAGACAGUAGCUGUAAAGAGACUUCAUUCAUCAGCUGAGAUCGCUUAUAAGAAGGGCUUCUUCAACGAAAUAACAGCUCUGACAACGAUCAGGCACAGAAACAUCGUCAAACUCCAUGGCUUUUGCUCAAAUGUGAAGCAUGAAUUCUUGGUUUACGAGUACCUUGAAAGGGGUUCUUUGUCGGAGAUGCUGAGCAGAGAAGGGGACGCUAAGAAGCUCGACUGGAUGACGAGGGUGAAUAUCAUUAGAGGCAUUGCUCAGGGCCUGUCUUACAUGCACCAUGAUUGCUCUCCUCCCAUUGUUCAUGGAAACAUUUCAAGUAGCAACAUUCUCCUUGAUGCUGAUUUCAAAGCUCGCAUCUCGGAUUUUGGCACUGCUAAGCUACUCAGGCGAGACGCCUCUAAUUUCAGCACAGUUGCAGGCACAUGCGGAUAUAUCGCACCAGAAGUUACUUCCACUAAGGUGAUGACUGAAAGUUGCGAUGUAUAUAGUUUCGGAGUAUUAACAUUAGAAAUCAUAAUGGGAAAACAUCCAGGUGACGACAUUAAUGUUAUCAAAUUUUUCUCAAAGUGUCUGGAUCCACGGCUUCCACAUCCUGAAAAUGAAGAAGAGAAAGCUUUGAUUCACAUUGCUCUAUUGGCCCGACAAUGUCUCUAUCCAAAAGCAAGAAGGCCAACAAUGCAGCAAGUAAUGGCUGAGAUGUCGGCAAUAGGUCCGUUGCAAGAGCAAUGCAAUUCGUCGAGGCUGGGAGAUGGUGACAACAAUGAUGAAAACAGUGAUUUCUUCUCCAUAUCCUCAUUCCAUGGAAAGGCAUUGUAUUUGGACAUCUUGAAAGCCACCAAGGAGUUCCAUGAGAUGUACCGCAUUGGGGAAGGAGGGUUCGGGACUGUUUACAAGGCGAAGAUCCCAUCAGCCGAGACAGUAGCUGUAAAGAGACUUCAUUCAUCAGCUGAGAUCGCUUAUAAGAAGGGCUUCUUCAACGAAAUAACAGCUCUGACAACGAUCAGGCACAGAAACAUCGUCAAACUCCAUGGCUUUUGCUCAAAUGUGAAGCAUGAAUUCUUGGUUUACGAGUACCUUGAAAGGGGUUCUUUGUCGGAGAUGCUGAGCAGAGAAGGGGACGCUAAGAAGCUCGACUGGAUGACGAGGGUGAAUAUCAUUAGAGGCAUUGCUCAGGGCCUGUCUUACAUGCACCAUGAUUGCUCUCCUCCCAUUGUUCAUGGAAACAUUUCAAGUAGCAACAUUCUCCUUGAUGCUGAUUUCAAAGCUCGCAUCUCGGAUUUUGGCACUGCUAAGCUACUCAGGCGAGACGCCUCUAAUUUCAGCACAGUUGCAGGCACAUGCGGAUAUAUCGCACCAGAAGUUACUUCCACUAAGGUGAUGACUGAAAGUUGCGAUGUAUAUAGUUUCGGAGUAUUAACAUUAGAAAUCAUAAUGGGAAAACAUCCAGGUGACGACAUUAAUGUUAUCAAAUUUUUCUCAAAGUGUCUGGAUCCACGGCUUCCACAUCCUGAAAAUGAAGAAGAGAAAGCUUUGAUUCACAUUGCUCUAUUGGCCCGACAAUGUCUCUAUCCAAAAGCAAGAAGGCCAACAAUGCAGCAAGUAAUGGCUGAGAUGUCGGCAAUAGGUCCGUUGCAAGAGCAAUGCAAUUCGUCGAGGCUGGGAGAUGGUGACAACAAUGAUGAAAACAGUGAUUUCUUCUCCAUAUCCUCAUUCCAUGGAAAGGCAUUGUAUUUGGACAUCUUGAAAGCCACCAAGGAGUUCCAUGAGAUGUACCGCAUUGGGGAAGGAGGGUUCGGGACUGUUUACAAGGCGAAGAUCCCAUCAGCCGAGACAGUAGCUGUAAAGAGACUUCAUUCAUCAGCUGAGAUCGCUGAUCAGAAUGGCUUCUUCAACGAAAUAACAGCUCUCACAACGAUCAGGCAUAGAAACAUUGUCAAACUCCAUGGCUUCUGCUCAAAUGUGAAGCAUGCAUUCUUGGUUUACGAGUACCUUGAAAGGGGUUCUUUGUCAAAUAUGCUGAGCAGAGAAGAGGACGCUAAGAAGCUGAACUGGAUGACGAGGGUGAAUAUCGUUAGAGGCAUCGCUCAGGGCUUGUCUUACAUGCACCAUGAUUGCUCACCUCCCAUUGUUCAUCGAGACAUAUCGAGCAGCAACAUUCUCCUUGAUGCUGAUUUUGAAGCUCGCAUCUCGGAUUUUGGCACUGCUAAACUACUCAGGCGAGACUCCUCUAAUGUUAGCGCGCUUGCAGGCACCUGCGGAUAUAUUGCACCAGAAUUUGCUUUCACUAUGAAGGUGACUGNUGGGUCUCUUUAUCCAGUUCCUGAUUGCUUCCCUCUUGCAGGAGUGCACUUAUUUGGAAUCCUUUCAUCCCAAAACUGA